UUCUUUUCUCUUCACCAUAUCUCAUUAGAAGAAAAAGAAAAAAAAGCAUACAAGCAUUUUCUUUUCUUGAAUAUCAAAUAGAUAUGGCUUCAAAGGGUUUAGCAACAAUAGCUCUUCUCCUCUCCCUCAAUCUUAUCUUCUUCACUUUGGUUAGCUCCAAUUACGUCCCUUGCCCACCGCCACCCCACAAACACCACAAGAAAGCUUCGUGCCCUAAAGAUACUCUUAAGUUUGGAGUAUGCGCCAACGUGUUGGGUAAUUUGCUUAAUCUUGUUCUGGGUUCGCCUCCAAAGUCCCCUUGCUGCACCCUUCUUGACGGUCUCGUUGAUCUUGAAGCUGCAGUUUGCCUUUGCACUGCCAUUAAGGCCAAUGUCUUGGGCAUUAACCUAAACGUUCCCGUUUCACUCAGCUUGCUUCUCAACUACUGUGGCAAGACGGUCCCCUCCGGUUUCCAGUGCGCUUAGAUCCACGCCAUUAUCAUAAAUAUCUUUUACAGCACUAUUUUCUUUAUAUAUAUAUAUAUAAAAAAAAAAGAAAAUUAAUUUCUGGGUGUUACUGCAAGGUGAAUAAUGGUUUAGUUUCACGGUGAAAUUUGAGAUGUAUGUAUAAUUGGUAUUUGUCUCAUUGUUGAUGGCGCUUGUUAAACAUUCAUCAAUAAUCCUUUGUUUGCAAGAACGGAAGCUAACAAGGCUCCUUAUCCAUGUACAUGUUCUAUGUAGUUUGUAAUAAUUACCCUAAUUAAUUUUCUUUUGUUUAAUC